UACCAUUUGCCAACAACGAAAUUGUUUAUUUUUGUCCUUAUCGGUUGUAUAUAUUUAAAUAAAACUGUCAAAUGACCUACCUCACUUCCCGCAUUAUCAAAAGUGGUAUCUAAAGUACAUACAAUCAAAACACAGCCCCCGCUUCAUCUCAAUUACACAACGGCAAACGCUCAUUACAGUUUUCCUUUUUAAUUAGCUAUCACGCAUCGCAGUGCGAUAAAUAAAGUGUAAAAUGUACAGGUCGUGAUAAAAAAUGGUAAUUUUUCGGCAAAUCUUAAGAGUGCGCCUGAAAUAUAUUUUAAUUGCGGUAAUUGUUUGUGGUACAAUGUCCUUAUUUAAAAUUCAGAAAUUUACGUACACCCCACGAAACACGGAAAAUUAUCCGAUUUUAAUUUGGUGGACCCCCUUCAUUUUCGAAAACAAAAAGCUGAUUUCCUGUGAAGAUAGGUACACGUGUGUUGUUACCAAAAACAGAUCUCUAGAGUUUGAUGUAGCGGCGUAUUUAUUUUAUGGAAGCAAUUUCAAAGAAGACGAUUUACCUCUACCAAAAAAGAACAUUCCAUGGGCCAUUUUUCACGAGGAAUCCCCCAAAAAUUUACCAUUUUUUCUAUACGAAGAAGGGCAGCACUUGUUUAAUAUUACCUCAACAUUUAGUCGCGACAGCAGCUUACCGUUAGUAUUGCAAUACUUAGAAGAUUUACAAUUAAUUACAGAUACAACUUAUUAUGUCAACCUGAAGCAGAAAAAUAAGCUUUUGAAACAAAUAUCUCCAGUUCUUUAUAUACAAUCCGAUUGUGAAACUCCCAUAGAACGGGAUCUUUAUGUUUCCGAAUUAAUGAAGUACAUCGCUGUGGAUUCGUACGGAAGCUGUCUAAAUAAUAAACGGUUACCUGAACAACACUCUGUAAAUAAAAUCUUGACGAAUUUGUACGAUGAAGACUUCAUGAAAUUUGUUGCACAGUACAAGUUUACGAUAGCUAUAGAAAAUUCCAUUUGUAACGACUACGUCACAGAGAAAUUGUGGAGACCCUUAAUCGCAGGAUCUAUACCUAUUUAUUGGGGAUCGCCAACAGUUACAGAUUGGUUACCAAACAAUCAAUCUGCUAUACUCAUCGAAGACUACAAGAACGCCUCGCACCUAGCAGACUACAUAAAAUCUGUGAACACUAACGACAAACUUUAUGACAGUUACAUGGAACAUAAGUUAUCGGGUCGUGUCGAAAAUCAGCUAUUAAAAGAUAAGCUCAAAGGAGGUUCUUACGGGAUUAUGAACAAUAAAUACUUUCCAGUACCUGCUUUUGAAUGUUUUGUUUGUAAAUCAAUGUAUGAGAGAUAUUCCAGCAAUAAUAAUAGAAAUAGGUCGGUGUACAAAUGUGAACAGCCGAAGUCACGUGAUACAAAAAGAGAAAACUGGUGGAUCUCACAUUGGAAAUAUGGGCAAUGUCAAGCAAAAGCCUUGUCCUAUUUAAUCGAAACAUUAAAUGUUUCCAAUUAUACCAAAGAAGUAUUUGAUAAACAGAUAGAGUUUUAUUUAAGUAAUGGUUAUUGUUAAACUUUGUUGUUAUUGUACGUUUUAUAUUAUAGUUUUUUAUCGUUUC